GAUCACCCGUUCUUCCCAUAUGUCCUUGUGCAUGAGAUCGGGCACGCCCUGGGGCUUCAACAUGCGAAAAAUUCGGACGCUAUCAUGUCACCGAAUUAUAAAAACACUCCACUUGACGAAAUCAAGCUUGAUCUGGACGACAAAUGCGCUAUCAACUGGAACUACGUGGGUUCGUCGAAAUUCUGCCUAUUCGUCUGGUUGAUGAACGAAAUCGUGCCAAUUCACAAUGCAUCCGAUCAAAUGGCGUCCAGCACCCACAUGAACGUCAGUCCAAAGCAACGGUCUAAGGCAGCGAAGAGAAUUUUCAAACCCCACAUGAACGUCAGUCCAAAGCAACGGUCUAAGGCAGCGAAGAGAAUUUUCAAACAAACUAAAAUUCCGCGAUGUCAGGCAUCAAAUGAUCUACAAUGGUUGAUCGAAGCAAGACUGCAGAAAUUCUUGUACUUUCCACCUCUUGAAUCAAAAACUUAUAGUGAGGUUUUAUGUAAUUUUUUACUGGGUUUGCAUGCAUACAGAGGUACCCCCGAUUACGCUGCUAGUGAUUCCCUUGAAAAGGAGUUUACUGGAGUUAUGAAAGAGGUUUCCGAGUUUGGACCGGUCUCGUCCUCCUCUGUUCGGCGAAUGACGCGAAGAGCAUGGCGACGGUUGGAGCGAGGGAAACCUUCUGUCCUUGGUGAGUGCUAA